CAUGAAGGGUUCAACAAUUGCUAUUUUCACCUUACUUUUUCUGAGUUUUGUUAAUGUGGUUCAUUUACAAGGUUUUCGAUUAGAGGUUGAAAUUCCUGCUCAUAUUUUGGAAGAUGUGGAAGAUCGCAUAAUCAUUUUUAGGCAAAAUUCUGGAGCUCCAGUAUGCAGCUUUUCACUUACAAAACCAGAUGGAACUUUGGUGACACAAGGCACAAAAACUGUAAAUAGUGCCUAUGUACCUCACACAUUGAGCGGCUCCCUGUUUUCAGGGAUCACUGAGGAUUAUAUAUUGACUUACACUUUCAAUUGUCAGGGUGCAGGGGAGACAGUGGAAUUUGAGAUGCGAUCAUGUGUUAACUCAAUUGAAAGUUUUGGUAGUUCUUCUCUACCUGCAACCUUUAAUAUCGGAAUAGAUGUUUCAGCUUUUCAAGCUCCACCAAUUACAGUUCUUAUUAGAGGCAGUUCUGGUAGCGCUACUUGCACAGUAGCUGAACCAGAUCCUUCUAUAGCUUCCAUUAAUAAUAGGGGACCAGAAACUUUGAUACAAGGUGCAAUGGAAAUUGCAGUGACUAAAGAUUGUUCGGUUGACUCUCUUUUCCUUGUUUCAACAUGUACAAAGAACGGAAAAAACUUUGAAAAUGAAAUUCCUAUAUACUUUACACCUAGUACAAUUUCACCAUGGGCUAUUCUGUAA